CUCUCUGUCUCUCUCAAAAUAAAUAAAUAAACUUAAAAAAAACCCAACCAGUUCUAUCAUGCUUCAUAUAUUAUGUAAAUGAGGUUUGUGCUCCUCCUUAUGUGGAGAUUUUGGUAUUACAAUGAGGUCAAGGCAAGUCCUCACUCCAUGAGUUACUCCAUAGUUGAUCUGCUUAGAUAUAAGUGGGGAGUAAGCUCAACCUGGGCCUGCCCAAGCUCUUCCUCAGGGCAGUCAUUACCUUUUGUUAGUUUCUAUUUCCCUCAUGGGAGACUAUGACCAUGAGACUAUGGCCUGAAGUAAAAGAUAAGACGGAAAGAAGAGGUUAAGUAAAAUGAGGGGCUAAGGUCAGCGGGUACAAGCAGGUAAGCAGUAAAGGUCAGGUCUUGGAGUCUAGCUGGUGACAUUAACUCCCUCUUUCAUCAUAGGUACCAUUAUGAACUCUGCCUGUGUCCACUUGGUAACUGUGGUAUUUGUUGCAGGGAGUGCUGACCUUCAGAGAUGUGGCUGUAGAAUUCUCUCAGGAAUGGAGAUUCAUAAAUCACAGUCAGGGGGAACUGUACAGGGAUGUGAUGUUAGAGACCCAUGGACACCUCCUCUUUUUGGGUCUUGUGUCUAAGCCAGACCUAGACAUCUUUUUGGAGCAAAAGAAGGAGCUAUGGGGAGUGAAGAGAAAGGAGAAGGUAGCCUCACACCCAGCUGUAUCUUCAUAUGGUGCCCAGAGAUUCCUGCCAAAGCCACACAUAGAAGCUUCUUUCCAAAAUGUGUCAAUGGGUAGAUAUGAACUUAGUACCCUUGAGAAUUUACCCUUAAUUACAGACUGGGACAGUGAUGGGGAGAGUGAAGGGCAGCAAAGAUUUCCUGAAGUACAUAUCCAAAUGGAGACAACUGCCAAUAGUAAGAAUCUCACUGCCCAAAAUGGUGAAGAACAUAAAGCAGUUUGGAAAACAUCCGUGUUUAAGUCUGCUACUUCUGCAAAGCAGUGCAUUUCUGUAAGCAAAGACUCAAAUAAAAUACUUAAGGGUACAUAUUCACGGAAAGAAAAUUUGAAAACUCUGGGAAGUUAUCUAGUCCAUGCUGAAAAUAAUUAUUUGAACCCUUCUAAAAAGAGGAUUGGAUUGGCCUUUCAGUCAAAUAUUCCUGAAAAUCAGAGAUUUAAAAAUGAAGAAAAAAGUGCCAAGUGGCAUCAACUUGAGAGGGCCUCCGCUGAGCAGUUGACCUUACAACAUAACCACAGCAUUUUUAAUGGAGGCAGAAUUACUGAAUGCAGUGAAUCUGAGAAAAAAUUUAACCAAGGCUCAGAUGUUAAUAAACAUCUGAGGACCCAUUUUCCAAAGGACCAUUGUGAAUGUAACAAAUGUGGGGAAGUCUUUUAUCAAAGUUCAAAACUUAUUAUACAUAAGAGUACACAUAUGGGAGAGAAUCCUUAUAAUAUAUGUGGGAGAGCUUUUAACCAGUUCUCCAAUAUUGAUGAUCAUCAGAGAAUUCACAUGGGAAAAAAAUCAUACAGAAGCGAUAAACCUGGGAGCAUGUUUAAUCAUCAGGACUAAAUAUACAUAAGAUAAUAGGUACUAGAGAGAAAAGUUACAUUUGUAAGAAAUGUGGCAAAACCUUUGACUGGCACUCAAGACUAUCUCAACAUCAGCGAAUGCAUACUAGAGUGAAACCUUAUAAAUGUGAAGAAUGUGGUAAAACCUUUAAGUAUGGCUCAUCACUAUAUGGACAUAGGAGAAUCCAUACUGGAGAGAAACUUCACAUAUGCAAAGAAUGUGGGAAAGCCUUUAACUGGGCCUCAAGGCUUCAUCAUCAUCACAGAAUUCAUACUGGAGAAAAACUUCACAAAUGUAAAGAAUGUAGCAAGGCCUUUAACCAGCUCACAAGCCUCAUUAGACAUCAUAGAAUUCAUUCUGGAGAAAAACCUUAUGAAUGUAAAGAAUGUGGUAAGGCCUUCAACCAGCAGUCAAUGCUUACUCGACAUCACAGAAUUCAUGCUAGACAGAAAUUUUAGAUAUCUAGAGAAUGUGGCAAGGCCUUUAACAGGCAGUCACACUCAACAUCACAGAUUUCAUACUUGAAAGAAUCUUUAUCAAUGUGAAGAAUGUGGGAAAAUCCUUAAUCACUGUUCAACGUUUACUCCUAAUCACAGAAUUCAUACUGGGGCAAACCUUACAAUUUUAAAGAAUGUGAGUGAACUUCUUUUUUUUUUUUUAAUUUUCUUUUCCUUUUGAUAGAGAGAGGGAAGGAGAGUGUGAGCAUGAGAAAGGGACAGAGGUGGAGAGAGAGAGAGACUUUCAAGUCUGCUCAGCACACAGCCUGAUUCAGGGCUAGUUCCCAUGACACUGGGAUACUAAUCUGAGCUGAAAUCAAGAAUCAGUGUAGAAUGUCAGCACUGAGAAAGAGCUUCAUAGACUCAGAUAUGAAGAGACAGCUAUAAGGAAUUGAGAUUGACUUUAUGGAGCCAAUAAAGCCCCCUUGGAAUUAUCAGCUUAGUACCUUGCUGACAGAGUUUUCAGCAGUCUUGUGAGUUGAGUAAAGAAGAUCAUUUCUUUUUUUUUUUAAUAUACUUUUUUAAACAUUUAUUCAUUUUUGAGAGACAGAGAGAUAGAGCACAGUAGGGUGGGUCAGAGAGAGAGGGACACACAGAAUCCA